AGGGGGCUCCGGACCGAGAGAGGCGGCCGGCGGGGAUGGUGAGCGGGGCUGCGGCUCCCCCGUGCCCCCCCGCGGCGUGUGGGCUGCACUGAUUUGUCCCCGGGGCGGCAGCGCGGAUCCGCCUGGAGAUGAGGCAUCGAUCAGCAAGGUAAAAGUAACAGAACCAUGGCUCAGUUUCCAACACCUUUUGGUGGUAGCCUGGACAUCUGGGCCAUAACUGUAGAAGAAAGAGCAAAGCAUGAUCAACAAUUCCACAGUUUAAAGCCAAUAUCUGGAUUUAUUACUGGUGAUCAAGCUAGAAACUUUUUUUUUCAAUCUGGGUUACCGCAACCUGUUUUAGCACAGAUAUGGGCGCUAGCUGACAUGAAUAAUGAUGGAAGAAUGGAUCAAGUGGAGUUUUCCAUCGCCAUGAAACUUAUCAAAUUGAAGCUACAAGGCUAUCAGCUCCCCUCUGCACUUCCCCCUGUCAUGAAACAGCAGCCAGUUGCUAUUUCUACUGCACCAGCAUUUGGUAUGGGAGGCAUUGCCAGCAUGCCACCCCUCACAGCAGUUGCUCCAGUGCCAAUGGGGUCCAUUCCCGUGGUCGGGAUGUCUCCACCCCUCGUUUCUUCUGUUCCUCCAGCAGCAGUGGCUCCCCUGGCGAAUGGGGCUCCCCCUGUCAUACAACCUCUGCCUGCAUUUGCUCAUCCUGCAGCCACAUUGCCAAAGAGUUCUUCUUUUAGUAGAUCUGGUCCAGGGUCUCAAUUAAAUACUAAAUUACAGAAGGCACAGUCCUUCGACGUGGCUAGUGCCCCUCCUGUGGCAGAAUGGGCUGUUCCCCAGUCAUCGAGACUGAAAUACAGACAGUUAUUCAAUAGUCAUGACAAAACUAUGAGUGGACAUCUCACAGGUCCCCAAGCAAGAACUAUUCUUAUGCAAUCAAGUUUACCACAGGCUCAGCUGGCUUCAAUAUGGAAUCUUUCCGACAUUGACCAAGACGGAAAGCUCACAGCAGAAGAAUUUAUCCUGGCUAUGCACCUAAUUGAUGUGGCUAUGUCUGGCCAGCCCCUGCCACCGGCUCUGCCUCCAGAGUAUAUCCCACCUUCCUUUAGAAGAGUCCGCUCUGGCAGUGGCAUAUCUUCCAUAAGCUCCUCCUCUGUCGAUCAGAGGUUACCAGAGGAACCAGUUUUAGAAGACGAACAGCAGCAACUGGAAAAGAAGCUACCUGUAACUUUUGAAGAUAAGAAGCGUGAGAAUUUUGAGCGGGGCAAUCUGGAGCUGGAGAAGCGAAGGCAAGCUCUCUUGGAACAGCAGCGCAAAGAGCAAGAGCGCUUGGCACAGCUCGAACGGGCAGAGCAGGAGAGGAAAGAGCGGGAGCGGCAGGAGCAGGAGCGCAAAAGACAACUAGAGUUGGAGAAACAGUUAGAAAAGCAGCGGGAGUUAGAACGUCAGAGGGAAGAGGAGCGGAGGAAAGAAAUCGAGAGGCGGGAGGCCGCAAAACGAGAGCUUGAAAGGCAGCGACAACUGGAAUGGGAACGACAUCGACGGCAAGAACUGCUGAAUCAAAGAAACAAAGAACAGGAGGACAUCGUUGUCCUGAAAGCCAAGAAAAAGACGCUGGAAUUUGAAUUGGAAGCUCUAAAUGAUAAAAAGCAUCAACUGGAAGGCAAACUUCAGGAUAUCAGAUGUCGGUUAGCCACCCAAAGGCAAGAAAUUGAGAGUACAAACAAAUCCAGAGAACUGAGAAUUGCUGAAAUCACACACCUACAGCAGCAGUUACAGGAAUCUCAGCAAAUGCUUGGAAGACUUAUUCCCGAGAAACAGAUACUUAAUGACCAACUAAAACAAGUUCAGCAGAACAGCUUGCAUAGAGAUUCACUUCUUACGGUCAAAAGAGCCCUAGAAGCAAAAGAACUGGCUCGGCAGCAGCUCCGGGACCAGCUGGAUGAGGUUGAGAGAGAAACUAGAUCAAAGCUGCAGGAGAUUGAUAUUUUCAAUAAUCAGCUGAAGGAACUCAGAGAAAUACAUAAUAAGCAACAGCUCCAGAAACAAAAAUCCAUAGAGGCCGAACGCCUGAAACAGAAAGAACAAGAGCGAAAGAUCCUAGAAUUAGAAAAACAAAAAGAGGAAGCCCAAAGACGAGCUCAGGAAAGGGACAAACAGUGGCUGGAGCAUGUGCAGCAGGAGGAUGAGCACCAGCGGCCUAGAAAGUUCCACGAUGAAGAGAGACUGAGAAGGGAAGAGAGUGUCAAGAGAAAGGACAGCGAGGAAAAAGGCAAACAGGAAAUGCAAGACAAGCUGAGUCGGCUCUUCCAUCAGCAUCAGGAACCAGCCAAGCCAGCUGUCCAAGCACCGUGGUCCACCGCAGAAAAAGGCCCGCUUACAAUUUCAACCCAAGAGAAUGUGAAAGUGGUGUAUUACCGAGCACUGUACCCCUUUGAGUCCCGAGGUCACGAUGAGAUCAGCAUCCAGCCUGGGGAUAUCGUCAUGGUUAAAGGGGAAUGGGUGGAUGAGAGCCAAACUGGAGAACCCGGAUGGCUUGGAGGAGAACUUAAAGGAAAGACAGGAUGGUUCCCUGCAAACUAUGCAGAGAAAAUUCCAGAAAACGAGGUUCCUGCCCCAGUCAAACCAGUGACUGAUCUGACCUCUGCACCCGCACCUAAACUGGCUUUGCGAGAACCCCCCGCGCCCUCCUCAGAGCCCUCUGCAGCCCCCAACAACUGGGCCGACUUCAGCUCCACGUGGCCCACCAACACGGGUGAAAAGCCAGAAACGGAUCAUUGGGAUGCAUGGGCAACCCAGCCCUCCCUCACCGUCCCCAGUGCUGGCCAGUUACGGCAGAGGUCCGCCUUUACUCCAGCCACGGCCACGGGCUCCUCGCCAUCUCCCGUGUUAGGCCAGGGUGAAAAGGUGGAGGGGCUGCAAGCACAAGCCCUGUAUCCUUGGAGAGCCAAAAAAGACAACCAUUUAAAUUUUAACAAAAACGAUGUCAUUACUGUCCUGGAGCAGCAAGACAUGUGGUGGUUUGGAGAAGUCCAGGGUCAGAAGGGUUGGUUCCCCAAGUCUUACGUGAAACUCAUUUCGGGGCCCAUAAGGAAGUCAACGAGCAUGGACUCGGGUUCUUCAGAAAGCCCUGCCAGUCUAAAGAGAGUAGCUUCCCCAGCAGCCAAGCAGGCCGUUUCGGGAGAAGAGUUCAUUGCCAUGUACACUUACGAGAGCUCUGAGCCAGGCGAUUUAACCUUUCAGCAAGGGGAUGUGAUUGUGGUUACCAAGAAAGAUGGUGACUGGUGGACAGGAACAGUGGGCGACAAAUCCGGAGUCUUCCCUUCUAACUAUGUGAGGCUUAAAGAUUCAGAGGGCUCUGGAACUGCUGGGAAAACAGGGAGUUUAGGAAAAAAGCCUGAAAUUGCCCAGGUGAUUGCCUCGUACACCGCGACCGGCCCUGAGCAGCUGACCCUGGCUCCGGGCCAACUGAUUUUAAUCCGAAAAAAGAACCCAGGUGGAUGGUGGGAAGGAGAGCUGCAAGCACGUGGGAAAAAGCGCCAGAUCGGCUGGUUCCCGGCUAAUUAUGUGAAACUUUUAAGCCCCGGAACAAGUAAAGUUACUCCAACGGAGCCGCCAAAGCCUGUGGCAUUACCUGCAGUGUGCCAGGUGAUUGGGAUGUACGACUACACGGCGCAGAACGACGACGAGCUGGCCUUCAGCAAGGGCCAGCUCAUCAACGUCCUCAACAAGGAGGACCCCGACUGGUGGAAAGGAGAAGUCAGCGGACAAGUGGGGCUCUUCCCCUCCAACUACGUGAAGUUGACCACAGACAUGGACCCUAGCCAGCAAUGGUGUUCAGACCUACAUCUCUUGGAUAUAUUGGCCCCCACGGAAAGAAAGCGACAAGGAUACAUCCACGAACUCAUCGUCACGGAGGAGAACUACGUCAACGACCUGCAGCUGGUCACAGAGAUCUUUCAGAAACCCCUGAUGGAAUCUGAGCUGCUGACAGAAAAAGAGGUUGCUAUGAUUUUUGUUAACUGGAAGGAGCUGAUUAUGUGUAAUAUCAAACUACUGAAAGCGCUGAGGGUUCGCAAGAAGAUGUCUGGGGAGAAAAUGCCCGUGAAGAUGAUCGGGGACAUCCUGACCGCCCAGCUGCCCCACAUGCAGCCAUAUAUCCGCUUCUGCAGCUGUCAGCUCAACGGGGCAGCCCUGAUCCAGCAGAAGACGGACGAGGCCCCGGACUUCAAGGAAUUUGUCAAAAGGCUGGCAAUGGACCCUCGGUGUAAAGGGAUGCCGCUGUCUAGCUUCAUACUGAAGCCGAUGCAACGGGUGACAAGAUACCCACUGAUCAUUAAAAACAUCCUGGAAAACACACCUGAAAACCACCCCGACCACAGCCACUUACAACACGCCCUGGAGAAGGCCGAAGAGCUGUGUUCCCAGGUGAACGAAGGAGUGCGUGAGAAGGAGAACUCGGACCGACUGGAGUGGAUCCAAGCCCACGUGCAGUGCGAAGGCCUGUCGGAGCAACUUGUGUUCAAUUCAGUGACCAAUUGCUUGGGGCCUCGCAAGUUUCUGCACAGUGGGAAACUCUACAAAGCCAAGAGCAACAAGGAGCUGUACGGCUUCCUCUUCAACGACUUCCUCCUGCUCACCCAAAUCAUAAAGCCCCUCGGGUCUUCCGGCACCGACAAGGUCUUCAGCCCCAAAUCUAACCUGCAGUAUAAAAUGUACAAAACACCGAUUUUCCUCAAUGAGGUUCUAGUAAAAUUGCCCACCGACCCUUCUGGAGAUGAGCCCAUCUUUCACAUUUCCCACAUCGACCGAGUCUACACCCUCCGGGCAGAAAGCAUCAAUGAAAGGACGGCCUGGGUGCAGAAAAUCAAAGCUGCUUCUGAACUCUACAUCGAGACGGAGAAAAAGAAACGCGAGAAGGCGUACCUCGUCCGCUCCCAAAGGGCAACCGGGAUCGGACGGCUGAUGGUGAACGUGGUGGAAGGCAUCGAGCUGAAGCCCUGCCGGUCGCACGGAAAGAGUAACCCAUACUGCGAGGUGACCAUGGGCUCCCAGUGCCACAUCACCAAGACCAUCCAGGACACGCUCAACCCCAAGUGGAAUUCCAACUGCCAGUUCUUCAUCCGAGACCUGGAGCAGGAAGUGCUCUGCGUCACGGUCUUUGAGAGGGACCAGUUCUCCCCCGACGAUUUCCUGGGUCGGACAGAGAUCCGCGUGGCUGACAUCAAGAAAGACCAGGGCUCUAAGGGUCCGGUUACCAAGUGUCUCCUGCUUCACGAGGUGCCCACAGGGGAGAUUGUGGUCCGCCUGGACCUGCAGCUGUUUGAUGAGCCCUGAGGGUGGGCCUCGGGGGAGUUCCGGCUGCAGACAGCGGGUGCUGUCUGGAAAUCGUGUUUCUUUCCCCAGAAACUACUGGCUGGUGUUCAGCCGCAGGGUGACGGCGCCUCGAAGACGGGACCGCCAGGCUUCUAGGAAUAGUUCUCGACAAUCUUUCCCCCACAAAUGGUUUUCCAUCCCCUCUCCCCCCAAAACCCCCAAACCACUCUGCUUUCCCACGGGUUGUAGGGUCUCUGAUCUCCCAUAGCCCCCAUUAGGUUUAGGUGGGAAGCUAGCCCAGCACCAGCCUGGAGGCAUCGGUCUGGCCGUUGUAAAUAUUGAUAAAUGCAAUGCCUGUGUUUGGAGCCCUCAUGUCACGGUCCAGUUUCUUACCUCUACCCGACCCGUGUCGGCUCCUUGGUGUGUUGAAUAACCAAUCAUGAUAGCCCUGACAUUGCUUCAGGUCCACCCCACCCCAUGCCCCACUCACCCCCUACCCUCCAAAGGCUCUGUGGGGCCUUAUCUGAAAUGCUGCCCUGGGGCUGACAGCUUGGUGCGAUAGCCUCCUGAUCAGGCACCAAGCCAGCCCUUGGAAGAUUUGGUCCAAGGAAAAUCCCAGCAGGUGAGCGCUGAGAGGAGAGCCAGUCCACUCGCCUCUGGGCUUUGUAGGAACAGAUGCCAGUGGGCGCGCACUGGGACACGAGUGGGUGACACAGUCCAGACCCCCAGCAUGCCUGGAAGACAACGAAGGCCGAGGACCGAGGAAGCACAUUAUCUACCAAGCUCUGCUCUGCGGGGUUAGCCCGGGGUAAGCCACCAGGAAGGCUCCUCGUUUACAAACCCAGGGGUCAUGGCUGCCAAUCAUGCUGAAACAUCCUCUCUCAGCCUGGGCCCGGUGAUGUUCCCUGGUUAGAGCCUUUGUGGGUAACCAGCGGGGAGCCCGCUGUGUGCUUGGGAGGACCAGAUCCCGACUGCCAGGAGAAACGCGAGUCUGGAGCGCUUCCAGAAAGGCCUGCGCUUGAUCCAGGCAGCUCCUCCCAGGUGUGGAAAGGAGAAGGCCUGGCAAGCCCUUCUGGAGGUGGGAAGAUGAGCAGGAGGUUCCUUCUGUAGGGCGGCAGAGACCUUAGGAGCUCUGUAGUCUGGAGAGGAGGACCCCAGACGGCCUCGUUCCUCUUCACGCACCCACGCGUCAGAGACAGGGGUCUGCCCACGGGCCAGGCUGUUUGGGUUGAGGUCUGGGCUCUCCUCCCCUCAGAUGCCAGGAGAGAGGCUGAUACUCAGACAAUGACUUGACGCGCUCAUGAACAGUGGGCUGUGUUUUGUUCCCAUGGUGAUGUCCUCACUGUCCCAGCUCGUGUCCCUGAAAUGUUCUCUGCAUGUGCCCUUGUUUCCAGGGUCGUUUUCCGUGCUCCGUCAUGUUCUCUGUGAUGGUAGGUCCUUAGCCAUUCAUUCAGGUGAUAGAAGUGCUUUACAGGGGUCGUGCCGGCAUGGUGGCAGAGCCCUCCAACCCCCCGCCUCCCACCUCCAGGAACAGAAUGCCAAUUGCUCUGAGUCCCCUGUGAGCGAGCCCGUCACGUUUUGAGCAAUUUUUAAAAGCGCAUGCUGGAGGGACAGCCAAGUUUACAUUUCAUACUUUUGAGAAACACUUUAUUAUUUAUUUAUUGAAGGUAGCAUAGAGUUUUGUAUCAAGGACCAUACACUUAAGUAUUUUUGGAGACAAGGAGAGGGACCCUUUAGUUAGACCCCUUCCGUGGAUAGGUUCCUGACCACGCCCCCCAUCAGGCGGCCACUCUCCACUUCUCAGCUGCAAACCUGGUCACAAAUCCACAAAUUGUCCAUUUUUUUUAAAGCUGUUUAAAUGAUUUGGGAUUAAACUACAUGUAGA